AUGAUUGGGGGAGAGUCCAUACGCCUUCAUUCAUCAGGUUUGAUUUCUGCAGUAACAAAUGAAAUCAGCAAUAAGCCGACUGGAAGAUGGGAUCCAAAUCAAGAUACAACUUCCACCACCCUAACAGAGGACCUCGAAGGAGAGGUGUCUUUCAUCACAACAGCACCCACUAUGACAUUGUUGAACCACCACCCACUUUUAGAAGGGAUUCUUCAUGAAAGUAUCAUGAAAAAGGACUUCCGACAUCUACCAUCUUACUUUUCUAGAAUCAAACAAGUGGAUAAUGAUUUAAAAGACAGAUUGACUGCACUCAAAACAAGGAUUAAUCUGGCACAUGGAGACCCUUUAUCAAAUUCCCAUGAUGAUUCUUCUACACCUACAAUGCCUCUUAAUCCAUCUACCAUGAUAAUGGACACCACUUCUAUUGUCACUGAAAAUGGAAGAGAAAUACGGGACACAGUCUCAUCAUUCCCAGUCCUGGACUCUCUGCCAACUUUGGAUUCUCAUGCUGCACUCCAGACAGAGAAGGGUAAUCCUUAUUAUGCAUCUCAGCAAGGCUUAGGCCACGUGGAACCAUUAUCAAUUGCUCAUUCCUACUUUCCCACUGCCACACAAGGCAGCAGGGUCCCAUCUGGUUCAACUGAAAAUACCAAUGGAUUUACACCAGAGAGAAAGCAUACAAAAAAGACUGUAUCCAGGAUAUCACCAUCCCCAUUGAGACUGAAUGAAGAAGAAGAGGAAACUACUACCAGCACCAUUAUUACCACAACUGUUACAACAACAGUGCCAGUAUCAGAACCCUGCAGUAAAAAUUUUACUGCUCCUGAAGGCAUUCUCCGGUCUCCAGUUUAUAGAAGCACUCUUUAUUACACCGGCCUUGACUGCAGUUAUACUAUCUACGUGUAUUCCGGUUAUGGAGUUGAAAUUAAAGUGCAAAACAUCAGCCUGCUGGAAGGAGAGUCAGUAACAGUGGAGAGCCUAGAAGGGGUGGAUCCCGUCAUUCUUGCCAAUGAAUCCUUUCUGAUGAGGGGUCAAGUGAUUCGAAGUCCGACCAAUCAGGUCAUGGUGCAUUUUCAAAGUUUACAGCCAUCAAACCUGGGCACCUUUCGAUUUUAUUACCAAGCCUAUGUCCUGAGCUGCGGAUUUCCACGAAGACCGGCUUAUGGCGAUGUAUCUGUGACUAGCUUGCACCCUGGAGGAGAAGCAUAUUUCUACUGUAACACAGGCUACCAGUUACACGGUCCACACGUCUUAACCUGUCUUAAUGCAACAAGGCCAUUCUGGAGUAGCCGAGCUCCUCAAUGUAUAGCUGACUGUGGCGGGCUCAUAAGAAAUAUCACUACCGGACGUCUGGUGUCACCCAACUUCCCAGGAAACUACAGCAAUAACCUGACCUGCCACUGGGUCCUAGAGGCUCCUUUAGCACAACGCCUCCACCUGCAUUUCGAGAAAGUCUCCCUGGCUGAGGAUGAUGACAGGCUCAUUAUCCGAGAUGGAAAUACCAUUGACUCCCCGCCUGUGUAUGACUCUUAUGAGGUGGAAUAUCUUCCAAUUGAAGGUUUACUCAGUACAGCUCGACACCUUUUUAUAGAACUAACAACGGAUAGCAGCGGCAGCUCCACGGGGGUGGCACUUCGUUAUCAAGCCUAUGAGCAAGGACAUUGCUAUGAACCUUUUGUAAAAUAUGGCAACUUUACAAGUAGUGAUCCGACCUUCGCUGUUGGAACCAUUGUGGAGUUCAGCUGUGAUCCUGGAUAUACACUGGAGCAAGGAUCCACUAUCAUUGAGUGCCAAGAUUCUGGGGAUCCCCAGUGGAAUGAGACAGAACCUGCAUGCAGAGCUGUCUGCAGUGGGGAGAUCACAGACACUGCUGGAGUGGUUCUGUCACCCAACUGGCCAGAAGCUUAUGGUAAGGGGCAGGAUUGCAUCUGGGGUAUCCAUGUAGAGGAGGAGAAGAGAAUCCUCUUGGACAUACAAGUCCUGAAUGUUGGCAAGAGUGACGUUCUCACUUUUUAUGAUGGUGAUGACUUGACAGCCCGUGUCCUGGGUCGAUACACGGGGACCCACAAUCGCUUCAAAAUCUAUACAUCAAUGGCUGAUGUCAUCAUCCAGUUCCAGACAGAUCCCGGCAGUAAUGUCUUUGGCUACCAGCAAGGUUUCAUCAUUAAUUUUUUUGAAGUAGCAAGGAACGAUACAUGUCCAGAAUUACCAGAAAUUCCCAACGGAUGGAAGACCACAUCGCAGUCUGAGCUUGUCCAUGGCACUGUCGUAACCUAUCAGUGUUAUCCAGGGUAUGAGAUUGCAGGAGCUGAGCUUCUCAUGUGUCAGUGGGACCUUACAUGGAGCGGAGACCUUCCGUCAUGUGAAAGGGUGACUUCCUGCUCUGACCCUGGAGACGCAACUCACAGUCGCAGAAUUCUUUCAAACGCAAAGUUUCCGGUGGGCAGCACAGUGCGGUAUGUGUGCGAUAAGGGCUAUGUUCUCACAGGAAGCACCACUCUAACCUGCUACAACCGCCAAGCCGGAGUACCCAAAUGGAGUGACCGUGCGCCAAAGUGUGUCCCUGAAAAAUAUGAGCCAUGUAGAAACCCAGGCACACCGGAAAAUGGUCACCAGGAACCUGAGAGAAGAGCGUACCAACCAGGGGACGCCGCGAGAUUUUCCUGCAAUUCUGGAUACACGCUGAUGGGAGAACACAGUAUAAAGUGCAUUCCCGGACACCCAUCCCAGUGGAGCAGCUCCCCGCCAACCUGCAAAGCUUCAUAUAAGGAAUUCCUCAGCAACCAGGGAGCUGAAGCUGUGGAGAAGGCAGCAGCUUCAGGCAUCCCAGUAGAAGGCACACACAUCCUGCUGGCUGUCUUUGUACCCGUGAUCAUGGUGGCGCUUAUGAUCUCCGCCAUCUACCUAUACUUCUCCAAGCUACAAGGAAAAGCUCUUUUGCACCUGCCCUUCUCGGUAUCGCCUCCUUAUGAUCAAGUCACUGUGGAGUCUGCUUUUGAAAAUCCCACAUUUGAGACAACAGACACAAGAGAAUAUGAAGUAUCUAUAUAGACAUACAAGCAGCAUCAGUCUUGGGAGAGACCUGGAAGAAUACAGCAUCUUGUUACUGUCAAAUGUGAGAACUUCCCUGACUCUUUGCUUCUUAUUUGGAUGAACUGAGCAUUUUACCCCAAAACAGGAGCCAUUUACCGCAAUGGUGAAACUUCAGCCUCCACAGCGAUCUACAACUAAGUUGACGUUCCC